UAUGCAAACACGUCCAAGAGAGAGAUGGCAACGUCAACGCGCAUAAUGAUGAGCCCAUGGAACCGUCGGAUGUGAACGCGCUUCUUCCUCCCGUUGGUGAUCGAACCCCAGGUUCACAUAUCUGAUCUUCUGACACUGAUCGGCGCAUCUGACUUGAAGAGACCAGGAGCGAAGCAGAAGCUCAGAAAAAAAUAAUCAUUCAAGUGCUCUCCUUUCGGUCUGCAGGAGGGACGAGAGGAGACUGACUGCGCUUCCCCGCAUCAUACUCUUCCUCGCGCUGCCGAUUCCCCGUCACAAUGGCUCUGACCAUCUGCACCAGAUUUACGGACGAAUAUCAGCUUUUUGAAGAGCUCGGGAAGGGUGCAUUCUCUGUCGUGAGGCGAUGCGUGAAGAUAUCAUCCGGCCAAGAGUAUGCGGCCAAAAUCAUCAACACAAAGAAGCUGUCAGCCAGGGAUCACCAGAAGCUGGAGAGAGAGGCAAGGAUUUGCCGUCUCUUGAAACACCCGAAUAUUGUUCGACUCCAUGACAGUAUAUCGGAGGAGGGUUUCCAUUACCUAGUUUUUGAUCUGGUUACUGGAGGUGAGCUGUUUGAAGACAUUGUAGCAAGAGAGUACUACAGUGAGGCUGAUGCCAGUCACUGCAUUCAGCAGAUUUUGGAGAGCGUUCAUCACUGCCAUGUUAAUGGGAUCGUCCACAGGGAUCUGAAGCCUGAGAAUUUGCUGUUGGCCAGUAAGAUGAAGGGGGCGGCAGUUAAGCUUGCUGACUUUGGUUUGGCCAUAGAGGUCCAGGGUGAUCAGCAGGCAUGGUUUGGUUUUGCUGGUACUCCAGGGUACCUGUCCCCAGAGGUCUUGAGGAAAGAUCCUUAUGGCAAACCUGUGGACAUGUGGGCCUGUGGUGUGAUUCUCUACAUUCUGCUGGUUGGAUAUCCACCAUUUUGGGAUGAAGACCAGCAUCGCCUCUAUCAGCAGAUUAAGGCUGGUGCAUAUGACUUUCCUUCACCUGAGUGGGACACAGUGACCCCUGAAGCUAAAGAUCUGAUUAAUAAGAUGUUGACUAUCAAUCCUUCUAAACGCAUUACAGCUGCUGAAGCCCUCAAACACCCUUGGAUCUGCCAACGCUCCACUGUAGCCUCUAUGAUGCACAGACAGGAAACUGUGGAGUGCUUGAAGAAAUUCAAUGCCAGAAGGAAACUCAAGGGUGCAAUUUUGACCACUCUCCUGGUCACAAGAAACUUCUCAGCAGCCAAGAGCUUGUUGAACAAGAAGACAGAUGGUGUGAAGGUUAACAACAAAACCAACCUAGCCAGCAGCCCAAAAGACACAGGCCCCGCCCCAGCACUGGAGCCACAAACUACCGUGAUCCACAACCCAGUGGACAGAAACAAGGAGUCUACAGAGAGUGCCAACACAACCAUCGAAGAUGAGGACAUUAAAGCCAGGCGCUUUGGAAACCUCAGCAUUAAUUCAAUCUGGCAACCCGCGGGCCGCCCGCAAAACUCCGAGCCCGAGCAGGCGCCCAACUCUUCGGUGCAGACUUGCCAAGUUAUCAAUAAAGCUCGAAAGCAGGAGAUCAUAAAGGUGACCGAACAGCUGAUUGAAUCCAUCAACAACGGAGACUUUGAGGCUUAUGCAAAGAUUUGCGAUCCUGGCCUUACUUCCUUUGAGCCUGAAGCUUUGGGAAAUCUGGUGGAGGGGCAUGACUUCCACCGGUUCUACUUUGAGAACGCACUUUCCAAAGGUAAUAAACCUGUACACACUAUCUUGCUGAACCCCCAUGUGCACCUGAUCGGAGAGGAUGCGGCAUGUAUUGCGUACAUCCGUCUGACCCAAUACAUGGAUGGCAGUGGGAUGCCACGCACCAUGCAGUCAGAGGAGACCCGUGUCUGGCACCGUCGAGAUGGCAAGUGGCUAAACAUACACUUCCAUCGCUCUGGAGCCCCCAGCGUGCCCAUCAAUUAAUGGAAUAUUAGGCUUCAGUUUUUUCCAACGGAGGAGAAACCAUCAGCAAAAACCCAACUGUCUGUCAGUCAAGCUGGAGGUGUGUCUCCUAAGCCACACCUGCUUUCCAACAACCGCGCCCCUCUCCCCUCCCGCUCGAGGGUCGUUUACAUAUUACCACACAUGGACAAGAGAAUUCCGGAGGUCAUCACUUACA